AUGCCACAAGGCUGUGUGGUGGUGGGGCUGCCCCUGUCCCUUCUGCUCCUGGCGGGAGUCACUGCUUUCCCUCCCAGCAACGGUGGGAACCUGGUGCGGACCACCCGAGUCAAGCGCCAGGCACCUGACGGCGGAGGAGGAGGCGGGUCCACCAUGGGCCAGAACCAGACGCAGCCCAUGGUGUUCAACCACGUCUACAACAUCAACGUCCCCCUGGAGUCCCUCUGCUCCGUAGACCUGGAGUCGGCCACCGACCAAGGCGGCACGAGGGACGCGCAAGGCGGCAGCGGUGGUGACUCAUCGCCCUCGCAGUACUCUGAGGACACGACGUCGGACGCGGACAGCCAAGUCACGUUCACCCACCGCAUCAACAUCCCCAAGCAGGCGUGCGGCUGCGCGGGAGGAGGCUCCAACGGCCCGGCCAUCCAGCAGCUGGCCAACCGCAUUGAGAUGCUGGAGCGGGAGGUGUCUCUGCUGCGGGCGCAGUGCAGCUCCAGCUGCUGCGGCGAGAGUUCAGCCGUUGGGCGUCUAGAUUUCCUCCCCGGCUGUAGUGGCCACGGCACCUUCAACAUGGAAGUGUGCGGUUGCGUAUGCGAGGAGGGAUGGACGGGAAAGAACUGCUCCGAGCCCCGUUGCCCCGACGACUGCUCAGGCCAGGGCAUGUGCAUCGAGGGCGAGUGCGUGUGCGACCGAGACUUUGGCGGAGACAACUGCUCCGAGGCCCGCUGCCCGGGAGACUGCUCGGACCACGGCCUGUGCCUCGACGGGGAGUGUGUGUGCGAGGAGGCGUACACUGGCGAGGACUGUUCCCAGAGCAGGUGCCUGAACGACUGCUCCGACCAGGGCCUGUGCAUCAAUGGGACCUGCCAGUGUCGCGGGGGCUUUCUGGGAGAGGACUGCUCAGUGGCCUACUGCGCCAACAACUGCAGCCAAAAGGGAGUCUGCAAAGACAGCUUCUGUGUUUGCCAAGAGGGAUAUACAGGGGAUGACUGCACAUCAGUGGCUCCACCCUUGAACCUGCGAGUGAGAGGAGUGACUGAGCGGACCAUAGACCUGGAGUGGGAGGGGUCGGUGGUGCUGACGGACUACCUGAUCACCUAUGUGCCAACCAGCCCAGGAGGUGUGCAACUGGAGAUCCGAGUACCAGGCAAUGUUACCAACAGCACCAUUAGAGAGCUGGAGCCGGGGAUUGAGUACAACAUCAACGUCUACGCUGUGCUCAACAACACCAUCAGUGUACCCAUCACUUCUCAAGUGUCGACGUAUCUUUCGAAUCCAGACGGUUUAGUCUUUAAAUCCAUCACUGAAACAUCGGUGGAGGUCCAGUGGAAGCCUUUCGACUACUUGUUUGAUGGCUGGGAAAUAAGUUUCAUUCCCAAGGAUAACGACGGGGGGAUGACGGCGCAGCUGCCCAGCACCAUCACCUCCUUCCACCAGACGGGUCUCCGACCAGGGGAGGAGUACACCGUCAACCUGGUGGCACUGAGGGAUCAGGGCAGGAGCCAGCCCGUCACCGCCACCGUCACCACCAAGAUCGAUGGCCCGACCGACCUGGUGGUGCGAGACGUCUCCGAGUCCGUGGCCUUUGUGGAGUGGACGCCACCCAAGGCCAAGGUGGACCAGAUCAUCCUCCGCUACGGUCUGGUGGGAGCAGACACCCCCAUGACCACGCUCCGCCUGCAGCCAACCCUGAGCCAGCACUCCCUGCAAGUGCUCCAGCCAGGCUCCAGAUACGAGGUGUCAGUCAGUGGACUACGCAAGGGCAAUGAGAGCGGCGCCAUCUCAACCGAGUUCACGACUGAGCUGGACGCACCCAAGAACCUGCGCGUGGCCUCCAGGUCUUCCACCUCUCUGGAGCUGGAGUGGGACAAUAGCGAGGCGGAGGUCGAGGGUUACCGCGUCGUCUACAGCACGCUGGCCGGAGACCAAUACGACAAGGUGUUCGUCCCACGCAACGAGGGAGCCACCAGUCGCACGACGCUUGCAGAUCUGCUGCCUGGCACAGAGUAUGGCAUUGGGAUAUCUGCUGUGCUGGGUUCCAACCAGAGCUCCCCUGCUACAAUGAAUGCCAGAACAGACCUGGAUGUCCCAAUGGACCUGACGGUGUCAGCUUCUACAGACAACUCCAUCACUCUGCAGUGGGGCAAAGUGCAGGGCCCUAUUGACCACUACCGCAUCACAUACACAUCCUCCAGCGGAGUGACAACAGAGCUGACCAUGCCCAAAGAUGUCACCACCACCACCUUGACUGAUCUGGUGCCUGGGACAGAGUACACGAUCACUGUGUCUGCACAGAGAGGGAGACAGCAGAGCACUGUUGCGACCAUUGAUGCAUUCACAGGGUUCCGCCCUGUCGCCCAGCUCUACUUCUCUGACGUCACGUCUGACUCGCUGACGGUGGCCUGGGGUGCCCCCGCCCCGCCCGCCGACAACUUCUUCCUGACCUACAACACGGAGGACUUGAAGCAUAGCUUUGAUGUCAUCACCCUGGACGGAUCCAAAACCAGAGCCACGUUCACAGACCUGCUUCCCUCCAAAAAGUAUAUCGUCACCCUGGUUACUGUGCGUGGUGACGCAACCGAAACGGUCGAAGGCACAAUUGUUACAGGAAUUGACCCUCCACGGGAAAUGACAGUGUCAUAUGUCACUGAGGACACAGUCACGAUAUCAUGGCAGCGGCCCCUUGCAUCCUUUGAUUACUACAAGAUGUCCUACCAAUCAGCAAAAGGAAGAGUGGACAGUGUGGUGAUUGACAGCGAGGUCACCAACUACACCCUGACCAGCCUCCACCCUGCUACCGAGUACGAGAUAAGCCUGAACGUGGUCCGAGGAAGCCAGGAGAGCAGCGUCAUCACCACCAGUGUUUUCACAGCGAUGGACAUGCCCACGGAUCUCACCGCCCUGAAUGUCACACCUCAGGGGGCUCUGCUUCGCUGGAAUCCUCCUCUGUCCAGCGUGGACAACUAUGUGCUCACCCUCACCCGCAACCAAGUCGAUGCUGACACCAUCAUGGUGGAGGGUAACAAGCAGGAGUACCAGCUGAGUGCGCUCGUGCCCAGCACCACCUACUCAGUGGCCCUCUACGCCACCAAGGGACCUCUCACCAGCGGCACCGUCAUCUCCAACUUUGUCACCCCCAUGGAUGCCCCGCAGAACCUGACAGCCACCGAGGUCAACCAUCGCAGCGCACUCAUCUCCUGGCAACCGCCGCUCGCAGACAUCGACAACUACAUGCUGACGUACAAGUCUGCUGACGGCAGUCGCAAGGAGCUGAUCCUGGAUGCGGAGGACACCUGGAUCCGCCUGGAGGGGCUGGCUGAGACUACUGAGUACACGGUGCGGCUGCAGGCAGCUCGAGGCCUGGAGACCAGUGCCAUCAUCUCGGCCUCCUUCACCACAGGAAACCGCCUGUUCGCCACCCCACAGAACUGCGCCCAGCAUCUGCUCAACGGGGAAACUCUGAGCGGCGUCUACACCAUAUACAUCAACAGAGACCCCAGCCAGGGCGUGCAGGUCUACUGUGACAUGACCACCGAUGAUGGGGGCUGGCUUGUUUUCCAACGCCGGCAGAAUGGCCUGACUGACUUCUCCAGGAAGUGGAGUGAUUACCGGAGUGGUUUUGGCAACCUGGAGGAUGAGUUUUGGUUAGGCUUGGACAACGUUCAAAAGAUUGCUUCCCAGGGGCGCUACGAGCUGCGGAUUGACAUGAAAGAUGGGCAGGAGUCCGUCUACGCUACCUAUGAUAAGUUUGCCAUCGGUGAUGCCAGGAGCCUUUACAAACUGCGGAUAGGGGAAUACAACGGCACAGCAGGCGACUCUCUUACCUACCAUCAGGGUCGGCCCUUCUCCACGAAGGACCGUGACAAUGACAUCGCCGUGACCAACUGUGCCCUGUCCUACAAAGGGGCCUGGUGGUACAAGAACUGUCACAGGGCCAACCUCAAUGGGAAGUAUGGCGAGUCCAGACACAGUCAGGGAAUUAACUGGUACCACUGGAAGGGACACGAGUUCUCCAUUCCUUUUGUGGAGAUGAAGAUGCGACCAUUUAACUACCGAAGCAUAAGUGGAAAACGGAGGCGGUCUACCCCUUUAUAAUCCC